GAGGGUUUGUGUCCUCUCUUCCAGUGCGUCGUUGUGGGGUUCUCGCUAUUUCAUCAGUCGGAGAGCCUAGACUCAAGUUCAUUUUCGGUCAUGAUAAUCUGAUUCCUUAGCCACGAUGUCUUCGCGAUCUGUUUUUCACAAUGAUGCGUGAGCUCGAAGCCGGAGACUCAGGAAACAUGGAAGAUGGGGCAGCGCUGCCGCCAGCGCGGGAGUUCGACGAGGAGAAAUUCAAAUGCGACGUGUACUUCAUGUGCCGUGAAGGCUUCCCGGAGCAGCUGACAAACUGCAUCGCUCAGGCAAAGGCUCAAGUUGGUCUCGAGAGGGUGAAAGAGCUCCUGAAUGCAAAGUACCAAGACGAUGCUCAACUGUGCGCUCCCCUAUUGGUGGCCUCAAAGGAAGGUCACGUUGAGAUCUGCGACCUCCUGAUUUACGAGUAUAACGUAGACGUCGAGACCGAAGGAACCAUUCUCUUCGAUGGAUUCAAGAUCGAAGGCGCCACUCCCUUGUGGUGCAGCGCAGGAGCGAACCAUAUGACGAUAGUCAUGAUGCUGAUAAAGUUCGGCGCCGACGUCAAUCAUUCCACCCGGAGCCGUUCCACCCCCCUCAGAGCAGCCUGUUUCGAUGGAAGGCUUGAAAUGGUCAAACUACUUCUAGAUCACAAGGCGGACUACAACAUCGCCAACAAGUUCGAAAAUACAUGCCUCAUGAUUGCGACCUUCAGAGGGCACAAGGAUGUUGUCAAAUGCCUGCUCAGUCUCGGCGCUCCCGUGAACGCCCGAGCGUUGUGCGGAAAUUCGGCUCUUCAAUUCGCAGCGGAGGCGGGAAAUAUAGAAAUAAUCCACGAACUCAUGCAAUUUGGGGCUGAUAUCCGAACUGUGAACAAGAAUGGCAUGACCCCCCUCCUAUCCGCAGCGGAGAGAACACAAGCCCAUGCCGUAGAAUAUUUCGUUGAUCUCAAGUGCUAUCCUCGCGAAGAGAAUAUCGAUGCCUUGGAGGUGCUAGGGGCAUCUUACGCUAAUGACAAAGACACGUACGAUCUGGAGAGAUGUUAUCACUACUUACGGGUGGCCAUGCUGGAACGCGCCAAAGAACCGGUGAUCACGAAGAAACUUCCCCCGCCUGUACCUGCAUACGAAAACCGAGUAGAAUGCCAGACAUUAGAAGAACUGGAACAAAUUAAAUAUAAUGCGAACACGCUCCAAAUGGAGAGCCUGGCCAUCCGAGAGCGGAUACUCGGUUCUCACAACACUGAAGUACCUCACCACGUGACAUUCAGAGGCGCGGUUUUUGCUGACUCAGCUGAUUUCGACCGGAGCCUGGAGCUCUGGCUCCAUGCUCUGACGCUUCGGAGAGACAACAACAUUUGUCUUCUACAAGAUCUCGUGCGUUUCGCCCAGCUGUUCUGCCAAAUGCUGCACCUCGGGGUUCCGGUAUCGGUUGAGGUUCUGAGACGUGUUUUGGAAACGGCGGCAUGCCAGCUAGAAGUGAGUAAUAUGCACAGCUCGGCACAGAAGAAGGCUGCGAAUCAUACUGACGACGAGCACGAAAUCGUUCUUACCAUCCUCUACCUCUUGGUCGUUCUAUCGAAAGUUCUUCUCCGGGAACCGAAGGAGAAAGAAGAGCUUUUCGAUCUGGUUCGACGCAUCAACGCGAGUCGAUGCGUCACAAGGGAAGGAAAUUCCCUCCUACAUCUGGCCGUGGACGAGGAUACACCGGUCAACGAUUUCCACACGAGGAAUCUCUGUCGGUUCCCGUGCGCCAAUACGGCCAAGCUCCUGAUCCGGUGCAAUGCCAACGUCAACGCCAUCAACAAAGAGCGAAACACCCCGCUGCAUAUCAUCAUGAAGUAUUCGAAUCCUAGCUCUAAUUUCAAAGCCCUUCAUUCAAUCAUGUCGGAAUUGAUACGGAACGGCGCGCAUACGGAUACCGUCAAUGCCCGAGGUCAAACUCCUCUCGACGCGGCUUCCACCAGCAUGGCGAGGACACUGCUCCGAUUCCAGCUCGAAAUUAAACUCAAGUGCAUCGCUGCGAAAGCUGUCCAGAAGCACGGUUUGCAAUACGAGGGUAUCGUCCCAACAGGGCUCAUUGGCUUCAUAGAAAAUCACGGCCGACGGGAAGAUAAAGUGGGAGUUGAAAAGAGCUAGGACCCUCAAGGGGACAGAUGAGCAUGGAAGCCGAGUUCCGGUGUUUUCCGUCGCGAGGACGAGCGUCUGGAUUCCGUCCAACGAUGCUAUCUCUGCGAUGCUAUGUAUCUUGUUUAUAUAUUUUUACGUACACUAUCGGAAGUCCGCGAGAAACUGCGGAUGGAUGACUCACAGGACUGAGAGAGAAAAAAAUAUUUGAGUCUCGUUGAAAG